AUGUGUCGCAGUGACCACGCGAGUUUGCAGGUCACCGCGAUGCAAAUCGCGCUUUUACCCCGUUUUCCACCAAUCAAAAUCAACCUGAAACGCACCAAUCCGCAGAUGCGCCAAUCGGAUCUCGGCAAUGCAUUCGACAAUAUUAGUUAUACCGGUCGUGGCAUCAUGUUGGUUGGUGUUGUUGGUGGUGGUGAAAUUCCAAGACAAGACGUCACAGUCUUCCUCCACGAGCCGAUUCGUCGCCUUCCACGGGGUUUCGUGUCCGGACGCUUCCUCGUCUCCUUCCUCGUCGACGCUCGCGGCGGUCUGCUCGAGUCGAAACGCUACCCGGGUCUUCGAUUCAUCAUCCCGCCCAACGCCUCAAUCGGGCCGCUGCGCGUCAUCUGCCGCUUCCUUCGCUACCCCUCCUACUCCACGCAGCCGCCUCUCAACGACGGCGAGGGUCUUGCAUGUCGGUGA